AUGAUGGAAUCCUACAAGGCCCGGCUGGAAACGCUGCGAAAUUCUAUGUUGAGCGAGCUGCAGAAAGUGAAUAACGGUCAAUUGCGCUCGCAGACCGAGGGAUAUAGCGCCAAGGAAGCUGCCGACAUGAUGCUGGAGUACGAAUCUCUUAUCAGAACGGUCCAAGUAUGUUUAAACAAUUCUCACCGCGGGCUUCGGGUGACAUGGAGGAGAGGCACCGCUACAGAUUCGUACGAUUCUCUGGAGAUGGAACACAAUGGGGAGAUAGAGAAAUCUACCAAGAGUAAGAUGGUGGAAGAUCUGGAGUUUCUUCUCAGGUGCAUCGAUUGGCUUUUCGAGUACAGACAAAACUAUUCCGUGGCUCUCAAGGAAGCCCACGCGGCGCUUACAGAACAAGAUCACGCCAAGAGAGGCGAGUCAAUCGAAGCCAACGCGGUACACUUCGACAAAAGCGCCAGCAGUUCAUCGGAAAACGAGGUCCCUCUGGACUCCCACCGGGGCGCAACCACCAAGGACAGGUUGCUCAACAAGACAAAGCAGGUCAGUGCCAACCUGAUAAGAGGCAAUCAGGUGCUGCAGUCAGCGGUGCUGCAGAGUGACCUGAAUCUGGACGAACUAAGGGAGCAGACCAACUCCCUGACUCAAGUCAAUGACAAGUACAUACAGCUUGAGACCGUGUUCGUGAAGACGGCUCAACUGGUCAAGGUCCUGGACAAGGCUUCGCACCAGGAGAAAAGAGACGUGUAUCUCGCCCUGGCGUUCGCGUCCCUUUGCGUUGCCUGGGUCCUAUGGAGGCGAAUAUUCAAGAUACCGGUUAAACUAUUCUUCUGGCUGGCUUUCAGAUUCUUCAAAGGAAUCCUCGUCACCUUCGGUUUAGUAAGAAAGCUCCCCAUCAAACCACACAAAGUGACGACCCCACCGGUCGCAUUUCUCGGAACCGCCGCCAGUACUACAUCAACUACGAUUGAAAGCAUCGAACAAGCAGUGGACGAGGCGAUAAGCCGGAUCCUUACCCACGACGAGCUUUGA